AGAAAGAAGAAGGUAAGGUUUUUCUAUCUUCUUCAUUUGAAGGAUUAGGUUUUUCUUCCAUUUCUACAUAAACCAGCAUCAUCUCUGCGAUCUUUCUCAGCUGAUUUCAUGUAUGUAUAAACUUCAUUAUUUUCCACGAAGAAGAAGAAGCUGGAUUUCUACAAUAUUACUUGAACUUAUUUUCGGCUAGGGAGCCUUUUCUUCUGUCUUCCAACUGUUCGAUGAAAAUAAUUUGUGGAUUUCACCACUUGUGCUCGAGAAUAUGGGAUUUUUGACAGUAAUUUCGGAUAUGGUAUUGGAUUCGGCUACUGAAAAUGGAUGCUAGCUAGGAGCUCGAUCGAUGAUGAUGAUCGUUGUUUAAAAGCAGAGAGCUAGAAUUCUGAUGUGAGGUCUGAGUAAGAGGGAUAACAUGAGGCGCCGGGGGGCGUAAUCUGAGUAAUUGCAACAUGAGCUGCAGUGAAAAUAGUAAAGGAGAGGAAAGAACCACAACUAACUCUGGCAAGUCGAUUGAUGAUGGAGACCGGGAGCCAACAAUUUUGCAGAAUGGAUCCAUUUCAGCCUUGCCUAAACUUGACGAGACUUUGCUUGUGGAUCCUAAAGUUCUAUUUAUUGGCUCAAAAAUUGGUGAGGGGGCACAUGGGAAAGUUUAUGAAGGAAGGUAUGUUGGAGGAAGAUCUGAUGAAAUCAUUAAUGUUACAAUUAACAUUAUUAUGUAUGGAAGCCAAAUUGUUGCAAUUAAAGUUCUUCUUCAGGGAGGAACAUCUGAUGAAAGAACUGCACUAGAAAGUCGAUUUAUCCGCGAAGUCAAUAUGAUGUCUAAAGUAAAACAUGAGAACCUUGUGAAAUUUAUUGGAGCUUGUAAGGAUCCUUUGAUGGUCAUAGUUACGGAACUCUUGCCAGGAAUGUCUCUUCGGAAAUAUUUAUCCAGUAUUCGUCCCACAAAAUUAGAUCUUCGUUUGGUUGUGAGUUUUGCCAUGGAUAUUGCUAAAGCUAUGGAAUGUCUCCAUGCGAAUGGGAUCAUACAUAGAGAUUUAAAGCCUGACAAUUUAUUGCUAACGGCUGAUAAAAAAUCCAUCAAACUUGCGGAUUUUGGUCUUGCGAGGGAAGAAACUGUGACUGAAAUGAUGACGGCGGAGACUGGGACUUAUAGAUGGAUGGCUCCUGAGUUGUAUAGCACUGUGACAUUACGCCAGGGGGAGAAAAAACAUUACAAUAACAAGGUCGAUAUCUACAGUUUUGGCAUUGUCUUAUGGGAACUAGUUACCAACCGAAUGCCAUUUGAAGGCAUGUCAAAUUUGCAAGCUGCAUAUGCUGCUGCUUUUAAGCAGGAGAGGCCUAGUAUUACAGAGGAUAUAACUCCAGACCUUGCAUUCAUCAUGCAAUCUUGUUGGGUUGAGGAUUCUAACAUGCGGCCUUCUUUCAGUCAAGUAAUCAGAAUGCUCAAUGAGUUUCUAUUCACGCUUACACCAUCUUCACCACCCUUGCCCGUUUCCGAAACUGGAAAUAGUAGUAGUAGUAAUAAUAACGGGGCUCUAGCUGAAAUAUCUGCACGAGCCAGAGGGAAAUUCACAUUUCUUCGUCAUCUUUUUGCAGCAAGGAGGGCUCGGAAUUCAAUGAGUGGAUAAUGUAUAACAGGAUGUUAGGAGAUAGAUAUUUGUUUUAUCAGUGUAUGAUUGAUUGUGAUUAGAAUUGGAAUUUUACCUUAAUCACUAUUAUUAUGACCUUAAAAGCUUAUAGAUGA